CCCAUCCCUGCUCUGGGCGGGGGAGGCUUGGUCCUCGCUGCUCACCCACCUGCGCAGUCGCAGCUGCCUGGUACCCAGGGAUCCUGAUAUAGCUCCACUGCGCAGCAGGCGAGUCAUUCUGCUCCCUCUGUGCCGGAGGGCUGACGGAGCGGAGCCGCAAUCGCUGAGAUCAGGGCACGUGGGUCAGAGUCUCAAGCAUGGUUGGGUAUAUCCCCAUUGCUAUUGGAGCAGUCGCUGGAUUAGGAGUCGCCACCGUUGCUGUCCCUGCGGUACUCGGGGUAGCCGGCUUUUCUAGCGCCGGCAUCGCCGCCGGGUCAGUUGGGGCCAAGAUGAUGUCAGCAGCUGCCGUCGCCAACGGAGGCGGGGUCGCCGCUGGAAGCACCGUGGCGGUGCUGCAGUCCAUUGGUGCUGCGGGACUUUCUCUUGCUACAAAAGGUGUGCUGACAGCUGCCGGGGGAGUAAUGGGGUUCUUCAGUCGCUAACGCAAGUGAAAGUGGCAACUGUUCUUCCUCCUGCCGAAACAGCCCCUGCAUACUGCCUCAUACUUGUUCUGACGGCUCCCCAAAUCACCC